CGAAUGACUGUGCUCAGGAUCACGAUACACGCCUUUCUUUGGAUAAACAAAAGCUUAGCGAGCGUUUUGAAUAGUGUAAAACACACAGCUACAAAAGAACGAGUUUGCAUUGAAGCUGACUAGCCGUUCGAUCUGCCAGGUCCGGGAUAUAUGGAUGGCUACAGUCAACAAUCGAAUGAAUAUUUAAACGCUACAUGAGUGCUGUGUUGACUUUCAGUGAGUAUAGAACGCUGAAGUUUCAUAUGUGUGCUGGGAAAACUCAUAUGGAUAUUAUUAGGCGUAGGUGUACAACAGUAAAUAGGAAAACACCAUGAUACUCUAAUCUACUGAAGUGAAACGUUUGUCUGACACAAUCUACAAAAUUUAGCACACCUAAGCCCAGGUAGGUGCAUGGGAUUCAUGGGAUACGUAAACUUCAUCAUGACGUCAACGGAACGGGAACACGUGUAGAUUCACAAGGACCAUUGACGAACAAGCUUCAACAAACAUAUUCGUUGGAUACAAACAUACAGCUUGAUAUCGAAUAAGGACCAACGUGGACCUUUAGCAGACGAACAUUGAAACAUAUAAGGAAAUACACUACGGGCAACUUUCGAGAUACCUCUGCAGUCACUACACACUACUAGUAACAAUGUUCCGUUGGCGGUUAUUAAAAAUGAAGCUUGUGGUGUCGGUAUGGAUGGUAUUUGUGCUCGGUUUGUCGCUUAAAUUGCUACACGACACCUACCGGACGACGUACAGCACCAAAAGUAUUUCACAGUUGGUUGAAAACCAGGAUGUUUCGCACGGAAGUCACAGUCGAUGGUCAGUAUUCAGUAGAAGCAACAAUACAAUGGACGUUUAUCUAGAAAAACUGAAACAUUUUGCAUUACAGGAUGGAUUCAAACAAAAAGAGGUACUGCUCCAACAAGAAGGCCCUAAUGAACAUAAGUUCAAUGAAAGCAAUACAGGUGAAUUGAGUGAUAAAAAUUCUGCAAGAACUAUAAAAGUCCACUAUUUCAACAAACCAGAUCACGUGUCAAUUACGUCUUUCGCUAAAUGCCCGGAUGCAUGCAUAAUGACAUCAGGUGUUAAUGCUGAAUUUUCUACCAGCGAUGCUGUGAUGUUCCAAGGCCCACUGCUUAGUUAUAGCCAUUCUCGUCCUCCGGCCAAAACCCGAGGUCAAAUCUGGGUGUUACAUGGAAGCGAGGCCCCUGUGUAUUGGAGCGGAUCUUUGUCACAAUGGCGGGGUCUCUUCAACUGGACGAUGUCAUACAGACGCGAUGCCGAUAUCCGCCAUUCGUAUGGUGAUUUCAGGACUAAGCAACGUCAAGCAGGUCUUUCAACAGUUCCUGCAGACUCAUUUAUUUCAAACCUAUUUAAUCCUGUCGGUUGGUUUGUAAGUCAUUGUGCGACAUCAUCAAAACGAGAGUCAUAUGUUAAACAGCUUGCUAAAUACGUCAACAUUGAUAUAUACGGUGCUUGUGGGAAAUUGGUGUGUGGUUUUAAAUUUAAAGAAUGUUUGGAUCGUUAUAAGUUUUACUUGUCCUUUGAGAACGCUAUAUGCCGGGAUUACAUUACCGAGAAGGUUUUCAACAUCUACCAGGUCGCUUCAAAUACGAUUCCGGUUGUACGCGGGUUCAAAGGUCAAGCUGCAAUGUUUUUGCCCCCCGGAAGUUACAUCAGCACGGAUGAAUUUUCGUCAGCAGAGGAACUAAGCAAGUUAUUACUACAGUUAUCAACUAAUAUAACAUCGUUUCAAAGCUAUUUUCGAUGGAAACAUUUUUAUGAAUCAUACAGUUAUGAUCCAAAUCCGUUCUGUACAUUAUGCCGGAAGUUACACCAGUCAGAAUCUUAUAGACGUUUGUAUAAUGAUAUCGAGGCUUGGAUUAAGGGAGGAAAUAAAGAAUUUUGUGAAAUAGUUGAUGACAUGAAAUAAUUUGUGAACCAUAGUAAUAAAUUCUAGAUUAUCAAUUUUCAGAACUAACACCAUUUUUCAACAUAGAAACUUAUCUGAAGACAGGAAUAAAUUUAAUGCUGCAGUUUUCAGGUCAUAAAACCGCUUGAACUUUCAUCAAAAUCGCAACAAUCAAUCAAAUAUUCUUUCUUGUGAUGCUUCAAAAAAAGUUUACUGCAUAUCCUAAGAAGAUAUGUAGAUCAGCUACUGCUAUUCAUUGCUGCAAUGUACAUGUACAUUCAAAACAAUCCAUUCAAUACAUAUAUUUACGUUACGGUGAACUACAAUAAAAAAAGUUACAAAACGUUUAGUAAUGUUAGUACUUUUGAUAUAAGUAUUGGACAGAAAACCAUAAAAAAGGAACAGCCAGAACUCCAGCCUACACACAAACUUCAAAUGAUCAACUUCCGCCGAUCAGCUGAUCUUGUUGAAACGAAAAAUAUAUAUCUAGAACCUAUUAAUAACUAACACUUGAUAUUAUUUGAUCUUAUUUGAUGGGUUUUUUUGCAUUAAACACCACAUAUUACAUAUUUUAAAAAGUUUAUGUCCGCACUAUUUCAAAUCAUCGGUCACCAUAGUAACCAUCCAGGAAACCUGUCGCCAUUAGGCAUAGAACUCAUUUAAAGUUAAAUAUACAUCUGUGUUAAUACAAAGUUUUCUGGGUUUCAUGUGCAAGUUGAUGUCACGGGGAUUACCCAGACGGACGUUUGGUGUUAGAAAGUUCGUGACCACGAGGAAUCUAUUACGAGUAGGAUGUCAUGGUUUAAUACGACAAUGUAAUAAAAAAAAAUAUAUAUAAAAUAAUAU